GCCCACCUUGGCUCUGAUUUGACGAAUGUCCUGUGUCACGAUAAACCUCACCCAGCCUCCCUAUAUAAGAAACAGAAACUUUUCCAAGAUUCCAGCAAAAACAAAGUGUCCGCAGACGAAGGAGCAGACCUGUAGAAGCGCUAUUUUCUUGUGCGUAAAAUUUAAAAAAAAAAAAAAAAAUCAACCCCCUAACCUCCAAAAAAGUGCCAAAACCGUCCUGGAGAUGAAGAAGUCCGUCAGGUUCGCCGUGGUGUGCGUCGGAGUGUCUCUGCUCAUCUCCUGCCAGUCCGUCGAAGCCUGGUACAAGCAGGUGACCGGACCCAACUACUACUCUGUGGGCCGCGCCUCCGGGCUGCUGUCCGGCAUCAGGAGGUCUCCGACCGUCCGGAGAGCCGAGUCCGAGGAGACGGUGAUGGACAGCGGGGAGGCGGCGGGAAACAACUUGAUCCAAGAGACCAACAAGCAAAUCUCCGUCCUGAAGAACAUGGCCAUCUGCCUGAAGGACAUCUCUCCGAACCUGAAGAGCUGCGAGCUGCUGCAGGACGGGACAGGAACCUUCCAGUGCAAGGCAGACGUCUUCCUCACCCUGGACUCCUUGGACUGCCUGUCCGCAUGAGUCUGCGUGAAUCCUCCUCAUCGUCCUCCAAAAAAAAGAAAGAAAGAAAGAAAGAAAGAAAGAAAACAGAUAGAAAGAGAGAGAAAAACUAGAGAUCUUUUCUGGAAAAGCAGGAAAAAAAAAUCUAAACAGAGAUGAGGGAUGGACGGAGAUUUUUGCUAUGAUGAUGACGGACCGUUGCAGACUUUGAAUGUUUUCUCUUAUUUAAAGAAAAAUGCUUAAAAAAAAUGUUCGUUUUGCUUUUGGUUGCAAAGAAAAAAAAUGUAAACAGGGGGGAAAAAAAACCCAAUACCAGACCGUCAGAUAAAGCCAUUUUCAUUCCAACCCCUUUGCAUAAAUGUUCAAAAAUCUCCAGAGGUUUAUCUGCAGUUUUCCAGAACUCCUGUAAAUUACUUUUAUUUAUUUAUCUAUUAAAAUGAACAAACAAACAAUA